UAGCUACAGGUACAACGCCCAUUUCACCAGUCCCGCCCUGUCCAUCGGUUGGAUUUUAGACAUGAAACAGAUAAUAACACUGCUGUUGGCACUGUACACCGUGCAAGCCAAGCCAAGACCCCAGUACCAUCAUCGACCUCUGCUGGGUUCCAUAGCGCCUACUCAGCUGCCUCCCCUGGGAGACGAUGUCCACGGGUCACAAGCAGUCCAGGGGGGCGAAGACCUGGACGUUCACGAGGCUAGGAGCUACCAGACUGGCUACCGGCUCCAGAGUACGGGAUACCGUGUCCCUGUCGAUCCCCAAAACUACCCUACUCAGGUGCCUCCUAUAAGAGCCAAUGAAGCUGCAGAUAUUGUCCGUACCUACGACACAGGUUACCGACUCCAAACCACCGGUCCCGUCAGCUACCCGCCACCAUCACGACCCACGGGGGCGCAGCCCGAGUACUUCCCGUACUCCAGAGUGCCUUCCCAGCCUGUCGACUACAGGACCAACGUGCCUAAGGACGUGGUGCCUAUACUGACAUACUCUAAUGACGUUGCUUACGACGGAUCUUACAACUACAAUUUCGAGACAGCUGACGGCAUCGCCCGCCAGGAGAGGGGUGUUAUGACCAACCAGGGUACGGACUCUGAGGGUCCGAGUGUCCAAGGGUCGUACUCCUACACUGCUCCAGACGGUCAGCUGAUCACAGUGCACUACACGGCGGACGAGAAUGGAUUCCGAGCCGAGGGGGCGCACCUGCCCACACCUCCUCCGGUACCUGAGGAGAUCGCGCGCAGUCUGGAGUUCAUCGCGAGAGUUAGAGCCUCCCAGCCCGCCGGUGCUGCAGGUUACGAAGACGACGGACAAUAUCAUCCAGAACUUUACCGGAACCUCUCUUCAUGAUCUCACAGUUCAAACAUUUAAUUUAUACUUUUGUACCUAUAUUUAUCAUUAAA